AUGUCGUUUAAAGCUGUCCUUACUAAUGUUGAUCACCAAAAUAUAUUUUGUAAAACAAUUAAUGCAUUGACUACAAUAAAUAAAGAAUUGGCUGUUUCGGUAUUUAACGAUAAGUUAAUAUUAUCAGCCAGUAACAUAACAUAUACAACCAUAUGUACGGCUGAGUUUGUUUCUGGGUUUUUUGAUGUCUUUGAGUUCAAUAUCAACGAUAUAGUCAUCGGCUCUGAAGGUAUUAGCAAUGGCGUAUUUAAUUUCAAGCUUAGUAGUUUGGGUGUAUUAUUUAAAAAUAUGGUGAAUAAAAAACCAACCCGCGGUAGUACUAAUUCCAACAUCAGCAAAGCUACAGUAACAACAACUGGUACUGCUAAUAGCGUUGAAAGUGGAAAUGAGAAUGAAAUCAUAUUUAAAAUUGAUAAUACCAUUACUUGUCCUGAAAGAUUAAGCAAUAGAUUUGUUAUUGUGAUUAAACAAAGCAAUUUGAUUACCAAACAAUAUCUGCCGAAUUUUACUCCAACUAAAUAUGAACAGCUGUUACUAGAAAAAAAAUACAAACUGGAUUUCUACAGGUUAUAUGGAUCAGAUCAAGCAAUUGACGCAACGUUGAAAAGUAUAUUUGGUAGUAUUUUGGAAAAAUAUAACAAGUCUCCGGAACUAACUGAUUUAAUAGAUGGACAUAAAGAUGAAGAGGAAUUGCACAUUAACUUUAUACGAUGUGACUUGUCUAUAUGGAAGAAUUUCACUGAUAGUUGCAAUACGCACCAAAUAGAAGAGAUGAAAAUAGAAAUUGAUAGGGAGAAUUUAAAAUUUGUUGCAUUUACUAGAGGUAUAUAUGGGAAAAAUAACUCGGAAAUAUUGAAAUCGGGAAUGUCAUUAACAAACAUGGUCACCACAACCGACUUAGAUAAUACAUGUUUAUAUACGGAGACGCAAAGUAUAACUUUCAAAUUAAAGGAUUUCAAGACUUUUUUAAAUAUAAGCAAUAGUUGGGGCAAAAGAAGAAACGAUGGGAUCACUGGCAAUGCUUUGAAUGUCUGGUUUGUUUCUCCAGGUGAUCCUUUAAUGUUUGAAGUCAGUUAUGACAAACUAUUAAAAUUAAAUUUAUAUUUAGUCACAGAUGUUAAUCAAAAUGUUAGUGGCAAUAAUAGUAUCACUGGCGAUGGAAUCAAUGAAGAAAAGAAAACUAUUAUACUGGCCAAAAAACCCAGCCAAACUAUAGUUGCUGAGGAUACAUGUACUAACAAUAAAUACAACAAAGCUUCUUCAAAUAAACAUCCCAAGAAUAUGCUAUUUGUAACAAAUGACGAAGAUGAGGAAUUGAACCAUAUCAAUACUGCUAUAACCGAUUUGCAUGAAAGGUCAAAUUUGCCAUUAUCGUUGAAUGUUGAUGGCGAACAAAAAACCUUACUUGCUCGCAACAACAUUAAUUUUGACAGUGAAGAAUCUACAGACGAUAGUGAAGAUGAAGAAGAAAAGUUUAAUCCGAGAUGGGAAAAUCCCUUGCAUGGAAGGAAAAAGACCAGUGCUAAUAGUACAUAUCUUGCAAAUAACCACAUGAGCACUGAAAGUUUGAACACGAGAUAUGAUAUUACCAUGCCUGAUGAAUAUAGUAAUAAGAAAAUUAACAUUGAUCCUGGUAGUAUCCGUAAUAAAACCGAAGUUCAAUGGAACACAAUUACGGAGAUGGAACAUAACAAAAAAAUACGAUACACAAGAGCUGAAGAGUAUGAAGAUUCUUCCACGUUUUCCUUAGUUAGUAAUGGUAAAAAUACUACGACACUUAAUCAUAUUAAUACUAUCACCACAAAUAUUAAUGAUGAUAAAAAUGCUAUGAAUUGUGGAAAUGAUUAUGAUGAAGGGGGAAAGAAACCUCCGAAUAGUCUACAUUGUGAGAAUGCUGAACAGAAGAGAGAUGAUGAAGAUAGGUUACAAAACAUUGAUUUUUCUGUUGGAUUAGGGCCAACACAACCAGCUAAUAAAAGAUUACGUGGGCUAUUUGAUUAA